AUGCCGUCCAUUCCCCUUACUGCUGCAUUGAUUCUUGCCGCACUCAGCACACACCCAGCGAGUGUACUGGCUCAGGAUCUUGAUGGAUGGUACAAAGCCAAUCCAGGCCUGUCGCGGGUCAGCCUGGUGAAUCAAAAUACGAAUCAGAUCGUCGAUGAAUUUGGUCGUACACGGUUCUUCCACGGAACAAAUGCCGUCAAGAAGGGACCUCCAUACUAUCUGCCCUCCAAGUGGCAGCCCGGCGUCGUUUCGUUUGGCGAACGAGAUGUCCAGAAUAUGCGUGACUUGGGCAUGAACAUUGUUCGCCUGGGGCACAGCUGGGCAGGCGCAGAGCCGGUGCGAGGGCAGUACAACGAGACGUUCUUUGAUAUCAUGAAAAAGCAGACCAAGCUGGCGGAGGACCACGGUAUCUAUGUGCUAGUAGACGUGCACCAGGACUUAUUGGCACAGCAGUUUUGCGGCAACGGUGUGCCUGAGUGGUUCGUGAAGAGCAAUUGGGUCAAAAAUUGGCAGAUGUAUCCGUGGCCACUCAAAUUAAAGCCGUUUCCCGUCGACUCUAAUGGCUUUCCCUCGCCACCUUCGAUCUGUGGGACAAUCGAGUGGUCAGUUACCUACUUCUCCGCCGCAGUAGCUGACGCCUUCGACCGGUUUUACCGCAACCACGACGGCCUGGCUGAUGCUUUUGCAGCAUACUGGAAGAAGCUGGCGUCAGUUUAUGUCAAAACCACCAACAUUGUCGGCUACAACCUGCUCAAUGAGCCGUGGGUGGGCAACACCUGGCGUAAUCCAACACUCCUGAUUCCUGGAUUGGCAGACCGUAAAGUAUUCCAGCCACUCUGGGACCGCGUGAGCACACAGAUCCGUACCGUCGACAAUGACACGCUGAUCUGGUUUGAGGGUGCCACUUUCGACAUCCUGUCUGGCUUCGAGAAGGUGCCUCUGGGUGAUGGCUCCAAGGCGGUGCAUUCCUUUCACUACUAUCGACCACCACAGCUAGGCACUAUCGCAGACACGCUUUACAACCGCCGCAAGGACAGCCAGCGCCUCAAGACUGCAGGCGUGCUAACGGAGUUGUGGUUCAAAACGGGCGAUGCGAAAACGAUGCGCGGGAUGGAGGACGCCAUGUCAGCCACCGAUGAGAAAAUGGUUUCCUGGAUCGGCUGGACGUAUGACCAUCUAUACAAUGGCACGACUGGCCAGCCAUAUCCCGAGCUGGCGAGACACUACAGCCGCCCAUAUCCCGCCGCCGUUGCUGGUAAUCCCAAGAGCUAUCAUUUCGACCCCAGCUCGGGUACAUUUAAACUGGUCUUCAUAGUCGAUCCCAAGAUAAAAGCGCCCACUGAACUGAUCCUGCCUGCACUCACAUACCCUCAAGGCUUCAAAGUUCAAGUUUCACCUGAUACAGCUUUGCGGGAGUUCCCACGCGACAAACGUACCCUUGCCUUGUUCACAGCCCCCAGUAUCACGACGGCAACCGAGAUCUCUGUUACUAUCACGCGUAAUUAA